CUUUUACGCAUAGCUCUUGCAUGUAUGCUUCUCAUUGUUCCAUGCGCAGGACGCAAUCUUUAAAUAGAUCUUGCAUUCGUCUUCAUAUUCUUCCCUUCGUCACACCCCUCUUGGGAUUAGUCAAAAGAUAGUGUGCGGUCCAGCGAUUCCCAUCGAUCUAAACCUCUUAUCCGGAAAAAGACCUUUCCCCAAAGUCAAUCCACAGUUAUAUAUGAGACAGACCUCCCCUCCAAUCCUCCAAGAGUAGCUUCUUGGAGCUGGCCUGAUGGGAAGCGAAUUUAGGUCUUUCUAGCCUCUAGAGUCAAAGGAGUCCCUCACAUUGAGGAAGUUUAAAAGGUUAUCGGAAUCCUUCUAGCUUUGACUCCGUCCAUCCUUUUUCCAAAUAUCUUCUCAUUUAGUUGUGGAUAGCGACAUCCGCCGUUUGGAAUUUAGGGCUUAAGGUUUUAACUUCUACAAAGAAGGGAGAAAGGCGUCUUGUUUCCCAAGAUCCAAGAAAUUAAGCCAGAAAAAUUGCACGGAACGCCAUCGCUGAUGGAAAAUAUUCAUUCUUUAAUCAUUCCUGCCAACCCCAGUUGGAGAGUUCGGUCCUAGGAUCUUUUUGGAUUUUGAUUUAGGGUCUAAGGUUUAAACUUUGAAGAAAGGCGUCUUCUUUCACAAGAUCCAAGAAAUUAAGCGAGAAAAAUUGUGAGGAACACCAUCGCUGAUGGAAAAGAUUCGUUCUUUAAUCGUUCCUGGACCCCAGAUAUGGAGAGUUCGGUCCUAGGGAUCAUUUUGGAUCUUAAUUUAUGCUUAGGGUUUUAGUUUUCUAGAUUCUUGAUUUUGUCUGCAAGGUGGUGAGGAUGGAGGAGAAUGCGGCUCUUCGUGCCAUUCAGAGUUCGAUCGAAGCUUUGGGUAAGGGUUUUGAUGUCAACUGCGACACGAGGUUGCUUUACUGCAAGGGGGCUGCUGGGUCGAGGCUCGUGGAGGUCGAUGAGGUGCACACGAGAGAUCUGGUGGUGUCCGACAGUCUGGUGGUGCCCAAUGUGUCGAGAGAUGUGAGGUGCUCACGGGAGAGCGGCGGGCGGGAGAGCACUGGCGCUCGCGGUUUCUAUGAGAUGGCAGAAUAUUUUAACACAAAAGCUCAUCUACUGGGAAAUUUUCCCAUUGGAAGUUUUAAUACUGCAUUCAGUUUUACUGGGUCAAAGAAAAUUGAUGCUGCGGCUACAAAAAGCCUUGCAAUGGAAGGGAUGUUCAUUCCUUUAUGUAAUGUUCACUUGAGAAAACAACCUUCAUCAUUACGAGAAGAGGUCAGGCAUGCCGUGCCACUUUCAUGGGAACCAUUGUCUUUAGCAAGAUUUAUUGAGAGUUACGGGACUCAUGUCAUCACAUCCAUUACUAUUGGUGGAAAGGAUGUGAUUUAUGUCAAGCAGCACAGCUUGUCACAUUUAUCAUCCAUGGAAAUAAAGAACUACAUCCAGGACAUUGGAGACCAUAGAUUCUCAGAAACUGAAAGGUCUACAAGUUCAGGUCCCUUGAAGCUGAAGGAUAAGGCUGUGGAUUCUUUUGUGUUCAACAGUCAAGGAAUAUACCCGCAACCACCCAAUGCUCCAUAUCUUGCUGCAAAGGAGGAUGUUACUGUCAUUUUCAGAAGAAGGGGUGGAGAUGAUCUAGUCCAAAGCUAUACCAAGUGGGCAAGAACUGUCUAUUCGGCUCCUGAUGUUAUUGAAAUUACCUUCUGUCCAAUCACUUCUCUCCUUGAAAGCAUGCCAGGGAAGGACCAUCUCAUGCGUGCUAUCAACCUUUAUCUGGAAUAUAAGCCUCCAAUAGAAGAGCUGCAAUAUUUUCUGGAGUUUCAGGUCCCCAGGAUAUGGGCCCCAGUUCGCAAUGAACUUCCAGGACAUCAAAGAAAAGAGCCAGUCUGCCCAUAUUUGCAGUUUAGCAUUAUGGGGCCGAAGCUUCAGGUCAGCCAAGAGCAGAUAUCAGUUGGGCGUAAGCCUGUCACUGGCCUAAGAUUGUGCCUGGAAGGAGCCAAGCAGAACCGGCUACACAUUCAGGUCCAGCACCUGGCAUCUCUCCCAAAGAUUCUUCAACCUUAUUGGGACACCCACAUAGCCAUUGGUGCGCCAAAGUGGCAGGGACCUGAGGAGCAAGAUAGCCGGUGGUUUGAGCAUGUGAAGUGGAAGAACUUCUCUCAUGUCUGUACAGCACCAAUAGAGAACGAUGAGACUUUUCUUGGUGGCAUCUCUGGUGCGUAUAUAGUCACUGGAGCUCAGCUAGGAGUUUGGGACUUUGGAGCGAAGAAUGUGUUGCACAUGAAACUUCUCUAUUGUAAGGUACCUGGAUGCACCAUAAGAAGAUCCCUGUGGGACCACAACCCAGCUUGUCCAGACGACAAAUCAAGGAUACCGUCCGUGGGAGAUUCUACAGAUUCAGUUGACUCAAGUUCAGGCUCGAGAGAUUUGGGGAAACUGAUGAAACUUGUGGAUACGUCGGAGAUGUGCAAAGGCCCUGAUGAAAUACCAGGGCACUGGUUGGUGACUGGUGGGAAGCUUGGAGUUGAGAAAGGGAAGAUUAUAUUGAGAGUGAAGUACUCUCUGUUGAAUUACUAAAAUCAGUUGUUUCAGUUGCAAGGAUGGUGUCUGUUAUGCAUGUAAACUAUGGUAGUUUGCUGGGGGUUAAGUUAGUGAGAUGAGGAUUUGGAUUUUGUUCGGUGGUGUUUUUCAUAUUCUUUGCACUUCAUCAAAUUGUACAGCACUGAUGAUGCUGAAGUCUGAAAAAGGUUCUUUAUGGCCAAGCAACUUUCUUUGGAAGGUUAGUUGGGGAGAAGACCAGGAUGCCCGAACAUUGUUGUAGAAGAGGGGAGUGAUGUUUAUCCCUGAAGUUGCUCAAAAUUAUCUCUUACCUUCUCAACGUAGGACCCAAAUUGGUUCUCUGUUGCCAAGGUCUUAAUUUAAUGCUUCAUCUUGCAUGGAUGGUGGUUUCCGAAAGAUUUCAAUUUUGGGUGUUACGGAAAGAUCAU